AAUAGUAAAUAGUCGUGCGAGCGAAACUUUUCCCCUCUCUUUCCUCAUCUUUGUUUGUUUGUUUGUUUGUUUGUUUUGAUAUCUCUUAGAAUAAAAAUAAAGAGAGGGAAGAAGAAUAUGCGAUGGUGAAGGUAAAAGAAGAGCAGAGCGGAAAUGGCGUAUGAGGAGAUACAAGCAACGCCUCUGUCGGCAAUUGCAGAGGCGUUCGAGGAUCUUGCGGAUACCGUUCAGAAUAGCAAAGAUGAACUCCGCUUAUUGGCUUUUUGUGAUGCCUGUGCCUUAGUUUCUAUUCUCUUUAAUUCUUUAGGCCUCGCUUUUAAAUUUGCCGAGUUAGAGUAUUGUGCCAAGGUGCGGGGACUCUCAGAAGCAUCAAAGAUAUAUCCAACCUUACAUAAUAUACUCGAUGUUGAUGUUCAAAAUAACAGAGUGAAAUGUCCAGGAAGCCUUUCACGUAACUUACGUAGAGUUAGACAAGGUCUCGACCUUAUUCGAGCUUUAUUCGAGCAAUUCUUGUCCACUUAUGACUGUUCUUUACGAGGAGCAGCUUCAUCAGCUUAUGCACAAACAUGUGCCCCAUACCAUUCAUGGGCAGUUAGGGCAGCUGCUUCUGCUGGAAUGUAUGCCCUUCCAUCAAGAGAUCAACUCCUAAUAAGCCUGAAAGAAACAGAUGAAUCAGCAGAGUUUAGAAUGAGACGGUAUAUGAAGGCUGUAGUUCCAGUUAUACAGUACAUCGACGAGCUGUACAUCACAAGAAAUAUUAAUUUAGACUGGUAAAAGGUUUUGUUUAUUGUGGGGAUCAUUAGAGUUCAUUCUAUCAAAAAGCCGUAAGAGAUGUUGUCUGGUUCGUCAAGACGUUCGAGUGGUUUGUGAUGAUCGAGAUUAUGGUAGGACUUAGGAGCUAGCAGCAUUAUUGACGAUUUUGUAGAUCAUAUACAGGGUCCUUCCUCUCUUCUGCAGGAUACUUUUCUCCCAUCCCAUUCAGGCCCACUGAAAUUAUACUGCUUCACCUUGAAUAGAAGAAUACUGUUAGUGUCAAUAGUAGAUAUGUUUAGAUGUCUAAGAGAAUCUUUUUACUAUAGAUAAGCUUAUUGUUACCAGAUUGUGGUAUUAAAUCUCUGUAAAUAACUGAGUUCCUUGACAUAAAUACUGAUUUAUCCAGUUUCAUGUGUUUCCAUAAACCGCAAGAUUUGAAAUCCUUUA